CCAGGUCCCGUCCUUUCCGUAUUCAUGUCGCGCUGGUACGAUUACAUUACGGACUGUACCCGUGAAUGGGUUAAUCACUACUGUACCCGAUUAGUGUGUUAAUUACCACUGUACCCGGUGAAUGGAUUAAUUACUACUGCACCCGGUGAAUGGGUUAUAAGUACUACUGCACCCGCUGAAUGGGUUCAUUACUACUGUACUCGGUGAAUGGGUUAAUUACUACUGUACCCGGUGAGUGGGUUAAUUACUACUGUGCCCGGUGAAUGGGUUACCUACUACUGUACCCGGUGAAUGGGUUAAGUACUACUAAUCCUGCUGAUCGUAGGAUCUGCGAGUACCGUAUCAACCGUGAGUACCCGAUCGUGAGCAUGAUCAAGGAUAACGGAUUGGAGGCUGUCUGCGGCGGUAUGGAGAACCUUGAGGUCUAUUCGUUGUUUGUAUGUGAUAGUCGUGACUUGGAG